GAAAGACCGCAAAGGCGCGAGGUGACCAGCGCGAGAGCAACGCAAUGCGGCGAUCAAAUCGGUAAAGAUGUAAGACCGUGGAGUCACAUCGUCAGCUCUGCGUGCCAGUCCGUAAAGUCACGACGAGGUCUGAGCACCGAGAAGCGAAUCGAAGCGACGGGUCCGUAGUAGCUGCGGGCGCGCGCUAGUGUCGGCAUCGGUGUUGCUUGUAUCCCUUUUAAUAUCUACCUUCUCCUCCAACUUUUGGAAUCCCAAAAGUAGUAUAGAGAACCGGUUUCCCUCUCUUUCUCUCUCUCUUGACUAGUGAGUAGCGGCGUAAGUCAACGUAAGGAAUCAACACUCAGUGAAUUACGAAAUUAUUCUGGAUAUGAACUCUUCGACGCUUGUCGGACAUCCAGAUGUCAUGGUUGCAGGGCCACCUCCACCGCCACCACCUCCACCUCCUGUGUCUGGUCACUUGCCAGCUAUGAGGAUAAAUACUGCUGAGAAUGCAACAGCAAAGAGACCGCAAGUAGCUACCAACGAUGCUUAUGAGCCGCCUGCAGCCAUCCAAAAUGCUAUGCUAACGAAAGAUAAGAAACCCUUUACUUAUACUCCGGGUAUGGGUGGCAAAUUGGAUCUUUCACAGAUUCGCAGUCCACGAAUGGCGAGAAGAGUGGCGAAAAAUGCUAAUGACGAAGGUAUAGAAGGGCCACCGAAAUCCGCUAUCGAAUCAAAGCCUACACCUGCAGUUUCUCCCGCAGCGAAUCUUCUGAUGCCUCAAGUCGCGGUUCCUGUUUUUCCUUCGAAUGUGCCACCCCAGCCUCACGUUAAUAAGAUGUCACAAUCACCUUCAAUCAAUAGGAUAACGUUGAAUGAUAAACCAAAUGAGCCAGCAAAAAACAUUACGAAAAUAGAUACGAAAAUAGUACCGAUCGCAGUUACGUCGAGUCAGACGAGCACUCCCGAAAGUCCAGGUACUCCAACUCAGAUCACUUUAGCUAAAGCUCCUACACCUUGGAUGCAAAAUAAAAUCAAGCCGCAGGAAGAACUGCCUGAAUGGGCUAAACGCACGAGUGUGAAUAAAACAGUUGACAGUGAUGCGUCGGAGAACGCGUUUUCACCAAUUUAUGUUCAAGUCCAGCAAUCGACUCCGCAAUAUUCACAAGCGAAACAAAAGCAAGAGCAAAAAUCAUAUUCGAUUCCGCAGGGUCAACAAACAAAUCCGCAACAAUUAUCUCAACAGCCGCAACAGCAAAGACAGAAUACCGAUUCUGUAACAUCACAACAAACUAGAUCGCAAUCGCAACAUGAACGUAUUAUACCUAUCCGAAUCGAUGAUAGACCAUCGGUAUUUGAUGUGAAGCAUGAAUCUGGUCAUCAUCAGUUUAAACAACCUCCAACUAUGCAUCAUCAGCAACGAUGGGGUCAAGUGCCUGCGCAACACACAUUGGAGAAUCAAAUACAAAAUCAUCCGCGAGAUCAAAAACCGUCGCAGAUUCAUGUCACAUCCCCAUCUCGGCCAGAACAAUCAGCUGGAACAACUUAUAUUAUCCCUCUUGUAGUGGAAGGUAGCGAGAAGAGAACGAUGCCAUUAAAUACGGAGAAUAAUAUUAAGAUGGGAAAACCAGCAAAAGUUGUGCAACAGCAGAGUCCUGACCUUACACAACAAUACGAGCCUGGUCCAAUUCAAUCGCGAUCAUUUCGUGUUCUUCAGAAGAUUACGGACACGGAUGAAUCCAAUGAUGUUGGUACAGAUCAAAUACGGAGAAUGGAAUUAAGUGAAGAUGAAAAACUACUCAUGAAUAAAUUUAAAGAGCAAGUCGAUCAUGAGACUUAUCUUCAUCAGGAGAAAGAUCCGAGAUAUCGUGGUGCGGCGAUACCUUCACGAGCUUUUCGUUUUUUACAAAACAUGACAGAUUCAAACGACGCGUCAGUAAAUAGCGCUGUGCCACACAAUGUACAACAGAACGUCGCAAAUAAACGACAAAAUAGAAAUUCUAAGACGUUCGAAGAAACACAGGCCAAUUUGCCGCCUAGUGAACAACAAGUACAAGAACCAAAGAAAUACAUGGGUAGUGCAAUUCCUUCUCGAUCCUUCAGGAUAUUACAAGCAAUGACAGCAUCAGAAAAUGAUGCCACACAAGAAAAUCGUCAAGCAGAUUACACCUGUCGAACAGAAAAUAACUUGCCAGGCAAUCAGCAAGAUGCACUCUUCUCUCCUCGACCCAUUCCCUUCUGGUCACAUUCCGAAGGUUGGUGGAGCUAUUAUCCUGUGCAAUAUAAUGCUCCAUCCAAUAAGCCCGCAAACGAAACGGAUGAACACUCUUUUCCCUACCUACAAUAUCCAAAUGAAAAUGGGUGCGUUGGAUAUGAUUUUUUUUAUCCGGUUUACGACGACAGCUUUGCGGACGCGGGGCGGAUGAAAACUAUAGAUCGAGAAAAUUCUUCAAAUCAAUACGGUUACGUUGCCAUAAUUUGCCCUCAAACAGGAUACAAUAAUGUCCAACAAUCGCACGUUGAUAUGAAUAACUGUAACUACAUUUAUACCACUCUCCAUCCAUCUCCUGCUUGGAAUAAUAGGUAUUUUGUGCAAGACGGCGCAGUCAAUAAAUCAGAAAACACUUUGCCCAACGAGAUUAAUCAUUUGGACGCACAGUUAAAUGGGACAUACAAUCCCAAAAAUGUCUGCGAGGAUAAAGACAAAAAUUAUAUGAUGGCGAUGAAUAUAGUUGAUGAAGAAGGUGGUAUAUCGGAUAGUCUCAAUAAAAAUCCGAACAAAAUUUUUAAUAACAUCGAAAAGUCUAAGAAAACAUUCGGCUUGCAUAUUAACGUACCUAAUUAUACUUAUAUAGAUACUAGUGAUUCUAGCGAUUCCAGCGAUUGCAGUGAUUCCAAUGAUUCCAGUGAUUCUACCUCUGACAAUGAGCAUUUUUCGGAUUCCUGCCAAAAAUAUAAUGAUACCACUUCCAAUAAUACAUUAUCUAAUAGUGAUUCAGAUUCGUACGAAAGUUAUUCUGUAGGUUUAAAUUCUUAUGGGAAACUGAAGAGAGAUUUGUGUACUAUUUCUUCCGCUAAAAACUGCACAGAUCUUACUGCUCAUUCGGAAUGCUCGAUCAAUGGUGAAAAUUCAUAUAGAUAUUCGCAAAACGAUUUUGAGAAUACUCAUAAUGAUAAAAUACUUCCCAAGGAGAAUCAUAUCGAUUGUUCGAGCGAUGAAAAUUCUUGCGUAACGUUAAAACAAGAUUUCAUGUGCACCAUGCUGAAAGAAUACAACGAGAAUGAUUGCAUUAAUAAUCAAAGUAAUUUUGACUCUAGUAAGAGUCAAAAUUCCGUAGAUAAUCGCAUAUCAAGUACACGCUCUGAAAGUCAAAUAACUGACAAGGGGUCUUAUCAAUUGAGCAUAAUUCGAGAGGAUAUGGAAGAAUUAAGUUCCGACAGUCUUCAUUGUGAGAAUAAAAAGAAGAUUGAAGGACAAAAUAAAACUUCUUUUGAGAUGACCGACGAUCCACUCGACGAUGCUGAAGCUACGACGGUCAGUGUGAGUUUACCCUUAAAAUUUAAGUUUUCCGUGUCCGAGGACAAUGAAGACAUCACUACUGUGACAGUUGGCAACAGUAAAAUAAUGGCAGAGAGAUCUUGCAGCGGAUAUUCCGCGAAAAAUGAUGAAAACGACGAUGUUUGCGUUGAUUUCCACAUUGAUAACAAUACCAGCGUAGAUUUUACUGUGAAGACACACAUAUCAGAUGCGACUUGCACAACUGUGAACACAGGGAAUAAGAUAAGAAUCGAGACCGUGAUACCGCAAGUGGAUUUUACUUUGAAGAAAGAUUCAAUAAACGUUAAGGAAACUAACUGCACAGAACAGAACAAAGAGAUAGAAUUCUCAGUUACAAAUACAGGCCACCAUGAAAGAAAUUUCAUAGAACUAGUCCAGAAGAAUGCCGAUGGCUGUAUUAUUUCUGAAUCGGCUAUAGGAGAUGAAUCAAUAAACAAUGGAAAUUAUAUCCAAGCAGAAUCUACUUGUAAUAAUUUUGAACACAGCGAUAACGACAGGACAACCGCUGAGUCGAAACUUGUCACGUCCGAAUGUUCUUGGAGGCAAAAUUUUGAAACAUUUCAGACUGAUACAAAUCAAACGAAUCAGAAGAAUUGCGUAAUUGUGGAUAAUAAUGAUGAUCGAUGCAUCGACUCGGAAUUUGGUCAGACAGACAUGAAAUAUCUGAGUGUUCAAGACUCUCGCGAAGAUACCGAUGACGAGGAUAGUGGAGUUACUUCUGAUACAAGCCGAAUGAUAUCUGAAAUUGACACAGAAUGUCGUGAAAUUGAUACAGAUUCAGAGUAUACUAUUUCGAAAAAUCAAAGAAAGUAUCAACGAACACAAACACAUUCACGACUCUUUCGGCUUCUAAACGACGAUUCUAUUUUAUCUGAUUGUAAGGCAGAUUCUUGUUCCAAAGAGGAAUACCUCAGUUUACCGCUUAAGAUGAACACGUUCAAUUACGAUGACAGUUAUUGUUCUAAUUAUUCCAGUGGCUUAACGUCUCCCGAAUAUUCACCUAUUCAUGAUCAAUCUUGUCAAAAAUUUCACGACGCGACGACAAACGGAAAUAUUACGAAUUUAUCGGACAUUAAAUUCCACCAUCUGGCACAUCAAAUGCCGGAACAGAUUCCUUCGAAGAAUAAUUCAGAUUUUCUAACUCGGAAGAACACGGAAUUACCUAGUCCACAUGAGCACGAUGUUAUGCCGUCUCUAGCUUUCAAGAUCCUCAACAGUAAGACACCUUUCUGGACUUACAAGGUGAAUGUACUAUGCCCGAGAAUUAAGAGUACAAAAAGUGUGCCACAAGCUUUGCUGGCACGGCAAAUCAACAAGAAUUAAAUUCGUCGGUGAUUCCUCCUAUCCCGACAUCCUUAUGCGAACACUAAUUUAUUGCUGAUGGCCUUAGAGCAGAAUGAGGCCGUGUGGUUGCCGCUGCGAGCGACUGUUCUCCACGAUCUACGGACAUAUUUUUUUCUCGAUUCUCUUCACAGGGCUAAGUAUGCCCAAGGUGCUCUACGGGCUACGUGAUUUUUUUUCUAUCGGUACAUAUCGUUUCCAUAUAUUCGUGUAUCAUUCUUGAUUUCUUCUUCACAUUUCCUAUUAUCCUUUCUUUCGUUUUUGUCAAUUACAGUUGAAGCUCUAUAUUUGUAACAUAUGUCCACGCAGCACACUUCCUAGUAAACACUAACUACCAGUUAUAUAACAUUAAUA